ACGCAACAACGUGCGCCAUUGAACCGAACGUCUUGCGUCAUGCGUCGCACGCAAACGACGUCACUUUUCCCCAAGCAGGAAGUGGCGGGGCUGUUAGUUGGAACCUGUUGUUGUUGUUGUUCCUUUCAUUUUCCAAUUAAAAAUAUCGAUGGUCUGUUUAGUAAAAUGAAAGUUCGGCCGCCUCGCGCAUGGCUAACCGUACUGCACUGCAUCCUGAUCUCAGGGCGGCUCGUGGAGGCCAUAGAGCCCGUGUCCACCUCGCUGCUGCUGGGGACAGGAGCUGCAGUGCUGGGCAGGAAGCUCUAUCACUAUUUAUACGAGACGUGUGAUGAGAACUGGCUCAACUUUAAAGCAACAGGACUGAAGAAUGACCUCAACAUGAAGCUGUACGGGCAGCAUGUCGCUGCUCAGGUCAUCCUGAAAGCUGUCACAGGCUUCAUGAACAACGAAAACCCAAAGAAACCGCUGGUUCUGUCCCUCCACGGCUGGACCGGGACCGGGAAGAACUUCGUGAGCCAAAUUAUAGCAGAAAAUAUUUACGAGAAAGGGAUGACGAGCAACUUCGUUCACCUGUUUACAGCGACAGCACACUUUCCCCACGAGGCUCACAUUGACACGUACAAGACCCAAUUACAAGAGUGGAUACGAGGGAAUGUUUCCAUCUGCCCGCGUUCACUGUUCAUCUUUGAUGAAAUGGAUAAAAUGCAUCCCGGGCUGAUCGACAGUAUUAAACCUUACCUGGACUUCUACGACAACCUGAACGGAGUGUCGUACAGACAGGCCAUCUUCAUCUUCCUCAGGUCAGUGGCAUUGUAUUUCUCUAAAUCUGUAAUUAAAGCAAACGGUCACUAG